AUGUCGUCGCUGAGAGCGCAAGCGUUCCUGCCAGCGCCGUCUCUGACACCAUCCACGAGAUUGCAGCCACUCUUGCCAGUGCAGGUCCUUCUCCGUCAACUUCAAACGUUGGGCCCAAAACAAGCGACGACGCAAAAGCCUGUCUCCGUAAGGUCUUCUGUCUGGUCCCAGUUCCACGGUUUCGUGCCAAAGCCUACGGCGAGGUUCAACCACGAGUUCGAGCGCCUCUGCAAACACAUGAAAUGGACUCAGGAGGAACGUCGCAGCUAUAGGACUGUUAUCUUCAACGCCGACUGGGAGGCUCACAUGGGGAGGGACUUGGAAAACCUAGCCAAGUGGCAGAAGUUUUGUCGCCUUUGCAGCAUUGAUCCGGUUCCUACUACGAUUGCUGGCUGUAUGGAAGUACUUGCUAAGGUCUUGGUCAACAUCUACGAUCUACUCGACUCGCAGCGGACGGGCGCCAACGUGUUGGUCUUCCAAGAUUUCGAGGAUUUCAGGAAGUACACCUUGAACAACCGUAGAUAUCCCCUUGACGAAGCGAAGGAAGACACGUUCUUGCCCAUCUUUCUCAAGAAAGUACUCUGA